AGUCGCAGCCGAAGCCUCAAGCCUAGGGUUGGCUGCGAGUUGUUGGAACGUUCCUCAGCUCCCGGGCAACUGGCGCAGCGCGGACGCGUGCUCACCGUUGUCAUAGGAACCGGCUAGUCUCGCAGCCGGAUCCGGGUCUCUCGACAGCUGGGGAACUGCUGUGAUCUGAGGGGAAGGGGCCACAGCGCCCUUCCGGGUGACCACGAUGCCUGGUGGCGCGGGCGGCGGCGGCGGCGGCGGCGGCGGAGGAGGAGGCCGGGGGUCCGAGAGGCGGCGACUUGUGAGUGACCGUUUGAAGAAGCAUCAAGACCAGGCCCUGAGCAGCCACAUGUACCUGCUGCGAGAGACUGGACCCACAGGCUUCUUGAUAAAAGAGGACGAUCCGGAUGACUGCAACUAUCGAGUUUUUCUUGGAGAUCCUCACACAUGUAGCUGUUCCACAUUUAUGAAAGGAAAUGAUCUUUGUAAACAUAUCUGUUGGGUUUUAUUGAAAAAAUUCAAACUUCCAAGAAGUCACGAAUAUGCUUUUCAGUUGGGUCUUGUGGAACGAGAAAUCAAUGAAUUGCUACUGGGAUUACAUCAUGUCCAGACUCCUAAGCCACCUGAAAGACCACAUGUUGAAAAUGAUGGACAUAUUAAACAGAAAGAAAUUUGUGCAGAUGAUGUCUGUCCCAUAUGUCAAGAAGAGCUACUAGAAAAAAAGCUACCAGUCACCUAUUGCAGGCAUGGUUGCGGUAAUAGUGUUCAUAUAAAAUGUAUGAAAAUAUGGGCUGAUCAUCAGGAUAAAUCAUCAAAAAACUCUUUUGUCAAGUGCCCUUUGUGCAGGGAAGAGUUUGCACCAUUAAAACUUAUUUUAGAUGAAUUCAGAAACUCCAACACACUUGUGACAGCAGCAGAGAAAGAAAAACUUCACAAACACCUUGGAAUUCCAUGUAACAAUUGCAAACAGUUUCCAAUUGAGGGAACAUGUUAUAAGUGCACUGAAUGUACUGAAUAUCACCUAUGCCACGAAUGUUUUAUUAGUUGUUACCAUCCUGCACAUAUUUUUAUCUUUCGACAGAAGAGAAAUCAAAGGUGGAAAUCACUGGAAAAAUUUUCAGGAUUAUGUGAUUUACGGAGAUCCAUAAAAAAUCUAGAACUUAAAAAUCAGACUGAAAAAGAGAUGACAAACUUUGAAAAAAGUAUCGUUUGCACACCAAAGCAUGUAGUAAAAUCACUACCACUCAUAUUAAUUACAAAGCACAGUAAGCUGCUUGCUCCAGGUCACCAGUGUCGACUUUGUUUGAAGGCAUUUUAUCUUGGUCAGCAUACAAGAGUAUUAUCAUGUAAUCACAAGUUUCAUAGGAAAUGCAUUGAUGAUUGGUUACUAAACAUAUGUAAUUCGUGCCCUAUUGAUGGCCAAACUGUCUAUAACCCCUUAGUCUGGAAAAAUUCACUGAUUAAUGAGAACGGACGAAAACCGGUACCUCAGACAGCUAUCACUCAUCAGUCAAAGCAGGUAUAUCCAGAACUUUUUAUACCUGGCACUGGAUUGCUCUUUAAAGAAGGCAAAUUUGACCAUUUACCUGACAAAUCUAAAAAUCAUUUUGAAAAACUCAAUAAUCAAGAUUCAACAGAUUUGAAUGAGAAUUUUACAGUAGAUAGUCUAUGCCCUUUGCAAUCAAGUGAUUCAAAUUCAAGUAAUUUCAUCUUUGAUUAUAAAAUUAAUCACCAUUUCCCUAGCCUUCUUCAGGAUUUAUCCCUUAGUGCCACUGGGAAAAAGUCAUCUCGAACUUUUCUUCCAUCUAUUACCAAGACUGGAAUGUAUAGCAAACCUGGAAGCCCAUUUGUCAAUAGAAAAUUAUAUCACCCUGAACAAAAAUCAAAGAAAAACAAAGAGCCUCAGCAUGUGAGCCAUACUACACUGAAGAAAAUUCUUGCCAGUAAAAUAAGAAUUGACCAUGAAAAUUCAGAUGCUACAUUUUCAGGGAAUUUAAACAAUAUGGCAAACUGGAGUACAACGAACCCUAGCUCAUCUAAAAAGGAGAAUAAUACGGGAAAAAUCAGACGAAACCAUGGUCUCUUAUCAAGAAGGCCUAUGUCAAGUACUUUAAAUACUAAUGGUCAAGAAUUGUCUUUAAUAAUGGAAGGAGUUCCUUUUUGCAGAAGUUAAUAUUGAGUGCACGUCCAAAAACAUGUUCUAAGAUUAAUAUAUAUGUAUCAUUAUAUUAUAAUAUAAUAUAUAACAAAUAUAUAUUAAUAAUAUAUAUAACUGAUAUGUUUCCUCUAUGUAAUAGACAUAUCUAGUUAUCUGUGAAUAAUGUUCCACACUGUUUAUUCUACUACAGAUAAUUUAAACAACCUAGUCCCUAAUAAAAAUAAAUAUUUGGAUAUUCUGAUGAGAAAAUUUUAAGAAAAAUGAUUUUAGAUCAUUAUAAAAUAUGAAUUAUUCCCAGAGUUUUUGAUCAUUUCAGUGAUUACUUGGGUUGGUUUUACUUAAAUAAAGGAAAUACACUUUCUUGGAAUGAGUUACUUAUUUCAGGUAUCUUAAAUUGUUAUGUGAUAUGCAAGUAAUUUUUCCCAGUAAUAGAAUUUGUUCUUUGCAUCUUUAAUAAUAAUGUGAAUACAGAAUACACAGACACACACACACACACAUAUAUAUAUGUAUAUAGUGCCAUAGAAGAAUUAGGAUGUGAAGUUUUAUAAUAAUUUUUGCCUUGAAGCAUUAUGUUUAUAAAAUAAAUGAAAAUAAAAUCUAGCCAUCAUGCCUUA